UAAUCCACAUUCCUAGACAUCAAAGUAGUGCUGGAGUCCCGAGUAGCUUUAUCGAGUGCACCCUCUCGGGAAUUUGUGAUGAGGCGGGAAAUGGCGUCCGAAGAGCCCGUCGAUGGUCUGUGGUUCUGAACACAGCUGGCAGCGAUAACGACGGACAGACAUCUCUCUCGGUGGCCGCACCGUUGCGGCUACCAGUGUGGACAGGCAAGCGGCAAGUUUGGUUACGAAUUUAUUUGCACCAUCGUCUUCCAUGUAACGUGUAGGAUGAUGAGGUUGAGAGUGCGGAAAGCUUCUCAGCAGACCAGCGCCAAACCAAAACCUGGUCCCAAAUCCAGCCCCGGCCGUCCAGCCCCAGCCUCGGCCCCCCGCCCAGCCCAGGCCAAGAGGAAACACUGUGAGGUGGAGCCCACUGCUGCGACCAGGAGAGGCCUCAGAAUGCAGAAGAAUGAGACGGGCCUGUUUUCCACCAUCAAGAAGUUCAUCAGGGGAAAUGCUGUCAAGAUGGAGCAUGACAUCCCAGCUAAGAGGAGUCGUGUUGAUUGUAAAGUGGGCAGCAGCAACCUGAUCACGUCUUCUCCUCAUCCUCCUAACAAAGCUAUCCCCAGGGGCUGCAGGAGAAGCGCUAACAAACCUGAUCCAAUGACGUUGAACAGUAAGCCCCUGAAGCCCAACGGUAAACUGGAGGUCCCCGUGGAGGUGGCCAUCAGCCCUCCUCGCACUACUCUCCUGGGCACCAUCUUCUCUCCCGUCUUCAACUUCUUCUCACCUGCAACCAAGACGGCCACUCUUGGGUCUGACUCACCUGGGCAGGUGCUGGAGGCUGAGGAGAUUGUGAAGGAGGUGGAGGAAAUGUCGACCAGUACCCCCACAUCUACAGAAGGCGUCGUCCUCUCUCCUGUUGCUCCAGUACCACCACCGGCUCCUCUGGCUACACCAGAACCACCUGUGGAGGAAGGGGAGAUGGUUACAGAAACAGAUACGCCCCUUUUAACAGCUCCGGUAUGCACCCCAGUCAGCUGUUACCCCCACGCCCCUCCCACAGCCCCUGCAGACGGCACCUACGAGGAGGACUGGGAAGUCUUUGAUCCGUACUUCUUCAUCAAACAUGUGCCUCCGUUGACAGAGGAGCAGAUAGCCAGGAAACCAGCACUGCCUCUCAAAACACGCAGCACACCAGAGUUCUCCCUGGUCCUAGAUUUGGACGAGACGUUGGUGCACUGUAGUCUGAAUGAGUUGGAUGACGCAGCGCUGACCUUCCCUGUCCUGUUCCAAGACGUCAUCUACCAGGUGUAUGUGCGUUUGAGGCCGUUCUUCAGAGAGUUCCUGGAGCGCAUGUCUCAAAUUUACGAGAUCAUUCUGUUCACUGCCUCUAAGAAGGUGUAUGCAGACAAGCUGCUCAACAUCCUGGACCCUAAGAAACAGUUGGUCAGGCAUCGUUUGUUUCGUGAGCACUGUGUAUGUGUUCAAGGAAACUACAUCAAGGACUUAAACAUUCUUGGAAGAGAUCUUUCAAAAACAAUAAUAAUCGACAAUUCACCUCAAGCCUUCGCCUAUCAGCUUUCCAAUGGGAUUCCCAUCGAGAGCUGGUUCAUGGACAGGAACGAUAACGAGCUUCUCAAGCUGGUUCCUUUCCUGGAGAAGCUAGUAGAGAUGAAUGAGGACGUAAGGCCUUACGUCAGAGAACGGUUUCGUCUUCACGAUCUCCUUCCUCCAGACUGAUUUGUGAUUGGUUGACCCAGCAGGCUAACCAAUAGAAAUACAGAAUGUAUAUUUAUAUUAGAAUGUUCAUUCUAAUUCUAUGGAUUAGCCCUGCAGUACUUGGAGAGGGAUGCCUUCCCUUCAACACAGCGGAGAUGAGGAGAAUCAAGUUUAACUGACUCUAAUGAGGAUGUUGUUUUAAAUGGAUCUCUGCCUACAACUACAACGUUUUCAUUACUGAUGAAAAUACCAACAAAACACCAUUACAGAGGAUUUUCUUGUUACUGAAAAUCACAAAACACAAAUCUUUAUAAUUCCUGAAGCUAUGUACAGUUUGAGUAUUUGUAUAUGUUUUCUAUUCUCGAACUAAACUGUUAUACUCAAACUAAACUGUACCCCCAGGGUAGAGCAGUCCCCUUGUAUUGUAAAAGGCUUCUGCCUAGACGGAUGGACCUCUUUGUUUAUUCUUGAAAGCAGGGCCGUGUUCAUUAAGGCACAAACGUUUUGCAACUAAGGAAAAUAAAGCGUUUCUGAUUGGACAAGUCCAGGCAGAACGUCUCCAAUUCGGACCGUUUUCUUCGUUUUUGGUGCCUAAUGAACAAGACCGUGGCGACUUUCUGGGAGAUUGUUUCUCAUCUGCAGCUACACUUUUGGACUGAAUGUCAUGCAGUAUUUGAGUGUGGGGACCUGACUGUUCCAGACUCCUUUUAACAGGAAUGGGCAGUCAAACCUGUAUAAUAUACACACUCGAUUACAUGUGUACAUAUGACGUAUAUAUUUUUCAACUUUUCACUGUGCUUCUGAUUUUAGUAUGUGUUCCUCUUUUAACUGACGACCUCUUUUCUUUUUUACGCCUUUGGAGAAAAAAAAUAGUGAUUUUUCUGUUGUCUGCCUGCAAUUUUUACAUCCCAAAUAGUAACCUAUUCCCUAUAUAGUGCACUGUUUGACCACAGUCCUAUGGGACCUAUUCCCUAUAUAGUGCACUGUUUGACCACAGUCCUAUGGGACCUAUUCCCUAUAUAGUGCACUAUACAAAAGAAUAGGGUGUAAUUUGGUAUGCAUGCUUACUUCCUAGUGUGCUUUUUAGUCCCAUUUUAAGUGCAGUUAUGUGGUCUCUAACAAGGUGCGGGUUUUUAAGAGGAAAUGUUUAUGAAAUCAUCAUGAUGACGUGCAUAGGUCGUAAUGUUAAUGUAGUAUAAGGUUUCACUUGGAAGACCAUUCAACAAGCCAUAAUGAUGGCCCAGAUAUUCAUUUAGAAAAUGUAUAUUUGAGAUUUCACCCCUUUUUUUUUUUUUUUGUAAAGAUGUUUUAAAAAAUACCCUUAAGAUGCUCUGUUUUUAGGGUGUGAUGAAGAGUUUGAGGAAGGAAGGCUCCGGAGCUCCUGCACUUUUUGUAUAAAAAAAAAAAAAAACUUUUAAAUGCAGCCCUAUGUAAAAAAAACAUUUUUUUGUACACAAGUUAUCACCUCAAUUGUUAUAUCUGGACUAUUUUGAAAUCGUAGCACCAGCAAAACGGCUAACAUUUUGUUUUUAUCUUUUAAAUCAUGUUUUUCAUUGUUCUUAGUAGUGGGUGCGUGUGGAAUCUCUUAUGUAUGAGUCUAAAAGUUUGGCCGAUAAGACUCCAUGUUGUCAUUGACCAUCUUGGACGGUCACUCCUGUUGUACUUGGUGUUACUCAAUGGUGUCCUUGAUCAUAAAUACAUUUUUAUACAAUUAAUGAAAAUGAA